UGCGCGUCGCAGCUGAGCGCGGACCUGAGCGAGAACUUGGGUCACCUCGCUGCGGAAGACACUCCCUCCCUCCCUCCCUCCAGCACCAUGGAGAGCUCCAGACUGUGGGGCAAAGCUGCGGUUUGCGCCCUGAUCUUCUUCGUGCUCGCCGGCGCGCAAAGCCGCGAUUCGGAGCUGGAGCUGGACUUGGAGGAACGAGCCCUAAGAAACUUGUACCCCAAAGACCCGAACCCGGCCAACGAAAAACAGCUUCUUGGAGCUCUGCAAGAAGUCCUGGAAAAGCUGCAGACUAAACGAAUUCCACCUUGGGAAAAGAAAUUCGGACAAGUGCCCACGUGUGACGUGGGGAAGCAGUGCGCUGUGAGGAAAGGAGCCCGAAUCGGCAAAAUGUGCGACUGUCCACGUGGGACUUUUUGCAACUUUUUCCUGCUGAAGUGCUUGUAAAAAACUUAAAAAAAAA